GAAUCCGAAUGGUCCCGGUCCAAGGUUUCCGUGGAAAACCCUCUGACAGUGUCUAUCCCGUCGGCUCAUAGGCGGGAGCACUGUGCGGCUGGUAUGGGAUGGACAGCACAAUUCUGAUGGUGGCGUUGAGGAUUACGCGGCAUUCGGCUCUUUUUCACCUUCUCUUGGCAAUCCUCCACACGUCAGAGGACGACGACACGACGAACUCCAUCAUCCUUUUAACAUCAGAAAUCCGCCACCCGUUCGCAGCAUCCGUGGUAUCGAACCCGGAGGCGGACUUUGUAAGGAAUUGUUCACUCCUCUCCUUUUUUUUUUUGGUAAGCGGGGACGUUUCGUGAGGUUCAUUGCCAGGCUCCCAGGUUCACCCGCCUGCCCCCAACCCGUGGGUCUUCUGUCUCGGCUAUCGACAACACGGGGAGCACAUGGAUUUAUUCCCCCGUCUGGCUAUCGACAACACGGGGAGCA